AUGCUGCUUCCUCGGUGCCUUAAGAAGAAACUCCAUUUUAAAGCAAUAAUAAAGGUUCCAUUAGUCCUGAGACUUUCUGUCGCCAUUUCUCCCAGUGGGAUCCGGAGACGGCUGCCAACAUCUUGGCCCGUUUCAAAUCUGGUGCAACUGUGCUCUGUAAAGGCGAGAAAUUGGCAUAUAGGAAAAGCUUUGAAGGAAAACAUGGUGGAGGUGGAACUGUUGAACAGAAAGUCAGUUUGUAAAAAAAAUUGGAAAUCGAAUAAAAAAUCAUAUUGGGGGGGAAGGAGGGGAAAUUGCUCUGGCCGUUCCUAUGACAGCAAGGCAGAUGGGGGGCUCUUUGCCCCAUAG